AUUCGCGGCAGCAGACGGAAAAUUAGACACCCAGGGUUGGGCUCCUUAACCACGGUUAGAAACAUUGUUCCCGCGGGGUCUUUUCAAUACUAUUGCAGAGAAAAAGGAAAGUGUUCUGGUGCAGAGAUCUGAAGAUUUUCAAUUGCAAACCCUAAAUACUGCUGAAACACUUAGUAAAUCAGAUCGUGUUUUCAGAAGAAGUUAAAUUUUUAUUAGUUAUCAUGAGCAUUUAUUUUAGGGAGCUGCUAAAUUUGUUAAACAAUUUGAGGUUUCUAGGAUCACAGAAUUCCACAGUUUAAUUUCAUAAAUCUAUCAAAGUAUUUAUGCCAGUUGAAUCCGUGGCAGAAGAAGCAGUUAACUUUGCGUGAAGAUUUGAGUAUUUUUCUUCCUUGCCCUGCUAGAUAUUUUAGGGUUUUAAUUUUUUUAGAGCUCCUAAGAUGUCAGCAAGGGGGCGGGGAAGGCCGAGAAAGCUUCCAGAAAAGGAACAACUAGCAGAGAACGACGAUCUGAAAAUGGACGGAGCAAGGCCUCAAAAAGAUGAAAAUACAACGCUGAAGGAUUUUAUGGAAGAUGUAGAAAUAGUGAAAGGUAGAGCUAGGUCGCGUAAAAAUGAUAUUUUAGCUAAAUCCGUACAAAACUCGGCAAAGACUGAGGAUUCAGAAAAAAAUGGAGUUUUAGGCAAGUCUGUGCGAAACUCUGCAAAGUCAGAGGAUUCAGCGCAUAUUUCUGAAAAGGAGGCGCAGGAUAUUGUUAUUUUGAGUUCUACACUGCCCGAUUCGCAGAAGGAGCGAUGGCGCCUACGCAGCAUGUGGGAGUUGGCUGCCGUGUUAAAUUUUUUGCAUGUUUUUCGGCCAGUGUUGAAUAUAAGUUUGGAAUUUUCGGCUGAGGAGCUUGAGACUGCGCUUAUUACACCGAAUAAUAUACUCAGUCAAUUGCAUAUACAUUUGCUGAAGGGUAUACCACCUGUCAGCAGGACUGCAUUAGUAAAUGACACAUGGAUAACAGCAGUAUGCAAGAAACUUGCUGUUUGGUGGCCAUGGGUUGCGAAAGGUGAAGUACCACUUAUUAUAUGCCACGGGGAGGAGAUUGAGGCAUACAAACAGCUGGAUCCUGGCACCCGCCUGUUGAUUUUGAAGGCACUGUGUGAAAUUCGCCUAGAUCAAGAUGAUGUUUGGAAGUAUAUCGAUGAUUCUUUAAAACAUAGCACCCCACGUUCUGCUUUUAGCAAAUUGCGUAUGGGUGGAGAUUCACAUGGAAUAUCAUACUGGUAUGACGGUGAUGCCAUUAUUGGACAUCGGCUAUAUAGGGAGACUCAGAAAAUUGAAGUUAAACUCAAGCCGAAGGGGAAGGGUCGUUCAGCAGAACCAGUUGUGACAUGUCAGUGGGAAACUGUUGCAACUAGUUUUGAAGAAUUUCAGUCAUUAUCGGAAAAACUUUCUUCCAGUAGAAAUAAGUUGGAGGCAGGAAUUGGAAAGAAGAUUAAAAGUGAUAUUCUUCCUGUGCUUGAAGAACUUCAAAAGAAAAAGGAGCGCGCAUUAAAAAAGCAGCAAAGACAAGCUAUGCUUUUGGACAACUUUUUUGGUUCACAAGGGGAUGAUGGUGGUCGUUCUCGUCGUGACCGUAAGCCUGUUAAAUAUACUUUUGAUGAUUAUGACCGUUCUAUUGACGAGGCAAUACAAUUGACAAAAAAGAGUCGCCAAGUUCCAGACCCUGUUCUUAGAAGGACAGUUGAGAAUCCUCAAGGAAAUGGAAAUGGUAACAAUCCUGAAAAUGCGUUAUCUUCAGAGUCAAAAGAGAGGAGUGAAGAAUCAGAUGUUGUGCGUGUAUCUGGUCGUCUGACACGAAGCAAUCGGUUUAGACCAGUGGAAAAGAAGUUUGGGGACAAUGUGUCUGAUAAUGAUGUUGGCAAUGAAGAUGGAGAGGCAGUAUAUGAGGAUGGACACAUAAAUAAAAAGCACAGAAAUGGAUUGAGUUCAGAUGGUGAGGAAGGACAUAAAGAGGCCGAAGGUGAUGAGGAAUCUAAAGAUGAUGACACUGAUGAAGAGUCAAAAGAGGAUGAUGGGGAUGAAGAGUACAAAGAGGAUGAUGGGGAUGAAGAGUACAAAGAAGAUGAAGAAGAUUCAGAAGAUGAUGAGGAUGAGUUAAGCAUUGACAUUGAUUAUAGUCAGGACCGGAGAAGGCGUUCAAGCCGAAGAAAAACAAAAAGGAAAUCUCGUUAUGACGAGGAAGAAAGCAUUAGUGCUGAUUAUGAUGAUUCUGAUGAUGAUGAUGAUAGUGAAGAUCAAAGAAGGCGCUCAAGUAGAAGAAAGAGGAAGGGAAAACCUGCUGAUGAAGUCCAAUCAGGUUUGCGACGAAGCAAGAGAGCCACUCGUGUAGAUUAUAGAAAAUAUGAGAUAUCUAAUUCUGAGGAAGAGAAUUCUUUGGAGUCUGAGGAACAAGGAAAACCAAAUGGCAGAAAAUUAAGUGUAGAGUCAGAUAUAAGCAAUAGUGUUGAUUCCAAUGUUGAAAAUGAAAGCUCUCAUAAUGAGGUGUUGGUUCAAGUAAGAGAUGAAAAGCAGCCAAACACAGAAGAGAUCCAAUCACGUCCAGUUUUUACAGAAGAACCUGUGAUAAGGUCCUGGGAACAAUUUGGAGAGCAGUCUCUAGAUUUAAAGAAUCGGCACUUUAUUGAUCUGAAUGAGGCAGCUCCAUUCCCAGGCUUUGAUGAUUUUCCAGACAAUAGUAUGGCAAAACAGCUAGGACCAGAAGAUCCCAUAUAUGACCAAGUUAAACAGAGGGAAUGAUGACAAAUGCUGAUAUCUGUCUCACACAAACUACAGAAGUGGCCUGUUGUUGGGGACAUGUAUUUUCAUUUUUUAUAUUGUUUUAGAUUUUUCUUUUCCAACAUAGUAUUGGCCACUUUUACUUCAUACAGGAGUCCAAGUCAAUUCGAAACCUGAUAAUUUCUUAACUCAGGUGUACAGUACACUCAACUUGUCCAAGAGGCUCCCAAAGUUACUCCUGUGUGAAAUUUUUGCAGUGGGGUUAUGGCCUUCAUUCUAAUUGUAAUCUAUGUUUAGAAAAGGUAAAAUUUCUCGACCUUCUAUAAAUCCUGAUGGGGUAGGGGAAGUUGGAUUUGCUGAAUUUUAUAUAUUUUAAAUGUAAAAUCCCCUAUUAAUCUUAAGGUCCUCUGCAAUUUGUUGUAAAUUUUAAUCUUGAAACUUUCAAAUCAUAUUCAUUCUUCAGACGUAUUUGCUGCCUUUA